GUUUUCAAGCAAUAACAAUACAAAAAGAAUUUGUCGUUAAUUAAUGUUUACUUAAUUUAAACUUCCAAUACAAUAUGAUUAUGAUCUCUUCAUCGGAUUCUGAAGAUGACUGUUAUAGUAACGUAGCACAAAAACUGGAAAAGUUAAAAAACAAGUACCAAGACGACAAAAUCGAAAGCACUAAUCUUCUUGACGAUUCAACUGAAACAAAAGGCAGAAGAGACACCCUAGAGACAAAAUCAGAAGAUAGUGUUGAUAGUAUUUAUGAUGUCUUAAAAGAAGAUGGUGUACCUGAUAUUGAAUUAGAAAAGCUUUUAGCGGCACACUCAAAACGUGCGACUCGUUCGUCAAAGAGAAAUUCAAAGUCAAGUUCUUUUAAUUUUGAUGAUUUGCCUGCUUCAAGGGAACAAAACGUUACAAUUGACUCUAGUGAUUCAGUACCAGGAAGAGGUAGUAAGAGAAAAACGAAUAAAAAUACAUCAGUGAGUGUUGUUCAUAGAUCUCCUAGAGGUCGUAGCAGAAGUAAAGGUAGGAGCAGAGGAAGAGGUAGAAGCAGUGGGAGAGGAAGAAUUAGUAAUGCUUAUCCAAUUUACAAUAUUGGAAACACAGAUGAAUAUCUUGACCAAUCAGAAGAACAGACACUAUUUAGCAAUAAGAUCACAAACAAUGAUGUAAUAGUGUUAGAUGAUAAUGACAUAUUAGAUGAAAAUGAAGAGUUGUCUGUUAAGGUCUACUGGCAGAGCUCAGAAAUAUUCAAAUUCACAUUACGAAAAUUUCAAAAAUUAACCACAAUUUUCAGGCAUUUUGCUGAGAAAGAAAAAGUGAAACAAGAUAAAUUGUUAUUCACAUACAAUGACCAAAUAUUAAAACCUGAUGAUACUCCUGAUUCAAUUAACUAUAAUAUUGUGAAGUUCAUUGAUGGUGGCAUUAUUAAUCAGGAUGUGACAAAGUUAAUAAAAAAUAAAAACAGAAAUGAAAGCAGGGGAUUGCAAAUCAAAUUUCAGUGUCAACAUUUAAAGAAACCAUUUGAAUUAACAAUUCAGCCUAAUGAAAAAUUUUCAUUGGCCAUGAUAAAAUGUGCGGAGCAUCUUGAGAAACCCUUGGAUAAACUAAAAUUUGAAUUUGAUGGGGAUAGUAUAACAGGUACAAUGACAGCUAGUGAAUUGGAGCUUGAAGGUGGAGAAUGCAUAGACGUCAAGAUAAUUAGCUGAUUAAACAUAAACACUCACGCCUGUCACCCAUAGGGGUAGGCAGAGAUUAUGGACUUCCAUUUGGCACGAUCCUGACACACCUCUCUCGCUUCCUCCACAUCCAUAUACCUACGCAUACACGCUCGUCGGUUAAAGGUACUCUUGAUUUGGCCCAUUUUUAAUAUAUCGCCAAUUUGGUCGAUAAACUUUCGCCUAGGGCGACCCUUCCCGACUAUGCCGUUCAUUAGCUGAUUAAUAUCACAAUAUUUAGUUGAAAUUGUUUUAGGGUUUUGAAAAUCUUUUAUAGAACAUCACUUAUUCAUUAUAACAUUUUUAGAGAAGCAAUAAGUAAUGUGGUGUACCAAAAUUGUAUGUGAAAAACUUAAACAACAAUAUUACACUGUCACUCACUUAAGCCUAGUACACAAUCAACACAAAACAAACUUGAGAAGUGGAGUUAAUGGUUGCCAAUAGUUUUAAGUGCUAAUGCACUGCUUGGUCAGUGGUAAAAGAAACCAUUUUAAGGAGUUAUCUGAGAAAUCUAAAACAUUCCAUUAGCAUGAAAAAUCUUUCUAUAAGGGCAUCCACAACUUUUUCUGCAACCAGGGUGGUGCCACUAUAUAGUGAGGUAUAAUUUUUGACAGAUUUCAUAGCGGGGAAGUUAAUUUGUUCGGAAAAUGUAUAAGUUAUUGUUUCUUUUUGUACUAUUAGCUAUAUUUUAUAUUAAUAACAUUAAAAGUAAAUAAACCAAACCACAGAUAUUACAAAAUAGAAAAAUUUAAAAAAAAGUUAAAAUUGUGCAAAAAUUAAAUAGCAAACCACUGACGCAUUGUUUUGUGUAUUAAUAUAAUACUCUAGAAACUGAUAAACUUUUUUAAAGUUGGUAAAAAUUACCGCAUGUGAGGUAAUUUUUCUCUGCUUUAUCAAGCGGAUGUACUUGAGGUAAUUUUUACCAAAUUUAUUAUAAUGGAUUUCCACAAAGUAACGCCUGAUUCUAUUAAUUAUGAUAAAGUUUUAUUAAAAAACAACUUCUCAAUUAAAUUACAUUGUAUAUCAAAAAACUUUACCUCAGUGUCAACUAGCGACAUCUGGUGAGCAGAAAAUUAUUAGCCCUCAUUCACAUUGGAGCAGUUUGACAUUCAGUAUGGUAUUCAUUCUUCAUUUAUGACAGCCUAUCAAAAGUCCACCACUGAACAUCCUCCCCUAUAGAUUACGUCAUAGAGAUAUUUGCCAUGUUUGCUACACUUGACGGGCCAGGUUGGUAACCACAGUUUUUAUUUUUUAGUUGUUAUCAGGAAGCUACUGCUGCCUAUUACUUGUUACAGUUUCCCUUUGUCACCUCUUACAACACCCACUGUGUGAUAUAAUGGGGUAAUGGGUUCUCUUCCACAGUCACAAUACUAAUGUUAUUAUUGAGGAUGAAAGCUGUUAAUUUACUGGCUAUUGCAGUAGUAAACACGUUCACAUCUUAAAUACAUUACUAGUCUUCAAUCUAGCUAUUUUUAAUGUAAAUUUGAUUCCCAAUUUUUUAUGUUAUGCGACCACAAAAUUUUAGUCAUUUCUAUGUAGUCAAUGUUUACAAUUUCCAAAGGACAAAAUGGAGAGUCGGAUUUCUCUUUCGACAUUACUUGGUUUGUUUGAUAAUUUAAUUAUAUUUUUGCUUGACACCAUUUGUAUUUUAUAUAAUAAAUUAUAUAUUAAAUAUGUAUUUUAAAAUGAUAGAACUGGUAAUAAUAAAUUUAUGGUUUUUUCUUCUAAUAAAAGUAAAAUGAUUUCUGCAUUAUUAUAAUUAUAUUACUGUAAAUUGUUGCUAUAAUUUUGAUAAUUUAAAAUAUAGUUCCUCACAUAUUAAAAAUGCGCAUGCAAUUAUUUUGUAAAAAAAUAACCUUUGAUAUUGUCAUAUCUUUAAAUCUUUAAUUAUUUACCUAUAAGUAAUAAAAGUGCUAUAUGAAAUUUGUUUUACCAAUCAUUUUGUAAUUCAUAAACCAUGAUAAUUAAUUUCCCAAAAAUAUAGUUUCAUGCAUUUAUAAAAAAAAUAUUGAUCCUAACAUGUUUAAGUAUAUUAUAGAAAUGAUUCCUUUUGUGGAAAUUGUCACAUAUAUCUACACUGUACUCAUUUUUCUACAUUUCUACCAUAUUCUGUAACAUUAUAUACUUUUUCAGAAUAAAUAUGUUUACUUUUUAGUAAAAUUGAUAAUGUGUCAUUUUGUCUACAUAUAUUUAUAUAUUCAUAUUUAUUGAAAAAUUGUGAUGUUGUAAAUAAUUUUUAUAUUAAAUGAUAAUUCGGAGACAGUUAAAAAUUUCGUUCAUUAUAUUUUUGACCGACGUAAACCUUCUAAUACAAACCAUGAGAAAACAAAGCAUCUGACUUUUAUUAUGUAUCAAGCAAAUUUUAUUAUGUAUCAAGAAAAAUAGUUAUUUUUUAAAAUUAUAUAGUAGUAAUAAUUUAUGCCAAAUCCUAUCUUUUACGAAAAAUUAAUUCACCAUAUAUUAUAUACUAGCUGUUCCCCGCGACUUCGUCUGCGCGAUUAAUUUAGUAGGAUUGGAUUCAAUGAGUUUUUUUUGCACGGAACCCUAAUUCUUUUUAUAAAAUAAAAGUAGCCCAAGUUACUCCUUAUAACAUUAGCUAUCCGCCAGUGAAAGUCCCGUCAAAAUCGGUUCUACGAUUUCGGAGAUUAGCCGGAACGAAGAGACAGACAGACAAAAAAUUUAAAAAUUGCUUUUUUUUUGUUAUAAGUACCGUUUAAACUUUCAUAUGCAUUUUUUAUAGAAUAAGGGUGACAAACGAGCACAACACAGUCUACCUGAUAGUAAGUGGAUGCUAUGGCUCAUAGAUAUCUACAUUUAUUCUCGAUUAAGAAUCAAAAUGCAGAUGCGUUGUCACCCCUGAGGACUAAGAUGGAAUGCCACGUUUCCAGUGAAAAGGGUCUCCGGUUCUCUACACUCUCCAUACGAAACACAAGAGCAUUACCGGGAUAGGAGAGCGUGGUCCUAUCCCGGUUGCGCCGACCCAUUCGCGCUACAAGCAUAAUAUAGCUGCAACGUGGCUCUACCACGUAAAAAAUGCAUUUAGUAAAAAGAUGUUAUUUCGACAUUACAAACACUCUUCAAUUUUAUUUAUUUGCAUAGAUUGAAUAUGGGCUGAAUUAAGAGUACCCUUAACCAACGGACUUGAAUACGUAAAUAUAUGUAUGUAAAAGAAGCAAGCGGGGUAAAUACAGUCCGUAGUCUCUGCCUACCCCUCUGGGGUAGAAUUCUCCGGCAAUUGAUAGAGAAUUAUCAAUUGCGCAUUUCGAUAAUCAUACACGUAUUUUCUGUUUCACUAAGCUUACACAUAUCAAACAUAAUAAAUAUUUAUUUAGA